ACGUGGGUCGCUUAAACUAGUCGGUAUUUUCAGCCAGAGUGCUUGAUCGUGAACUGUUGGUUGGCGUUGUCAUAGACCGUCUCAAAAAUGGCUUUCCGGAAAUUUCUCCCCAUGUUUGACCGUGUGCUGGUGGAGCGACUGGCUGCAGAGACAGUAACAAAAGGAGGCAUCAUGCUUCCAGAAAAGUCCCAGGGCAAAGUGCUUCAGGCCACCGUUGUGGCAGUUGGACCCGGGGCAGCCAAUAAGGAUGGGAAGGUAACACCUGUCAGUGUUCAAGUUGGAGAGAAGGUACUACUGCCUGAGUAUGGUGGCACAAAAGUCAUUCUGGAUGAUAAGGACUAUUACCUGUUCCGGGAUGCAGACAUUCUCGGCAAGUACAUUGACUGAAGCCCAGUGCUGCGCAUUCUCCAACACCGUUCAUGCCACAGUCGUAGAGGAAAUUCCUGUUCAUCCAUGCUUUUUUUUGUUGUUGUCGUUCUUUUUCAAUGUCAUUCUACUGUAAAUAAUUACGAUCAUGUUUUGUUACAAUAAUAAAUUGUAUUAGGAGA